AUGAAUAGUGGCAAUGAAAAUAAUAACGUUGCUGAUAUUACUGCUCAAAAACCCCAAAAACAUAUUUCUUCAUCUGCAACAGCCGCCACAGUCUCUAUGAUUACAAAUACUAAUAAUAAUGCUAUAAAUAAUACCCAUUCUUCCACCGAACAUACAACUCCAGAUGCACAAUACUUAUUAGGAUAUCCAAGUUCUGCACGUCAAAAACAUUUGAUAUCUGAAGAGCAACAAGUCCCUCUUUCUACUGCGGCUAAUUCUAACGGUACUACAGCUACUGGCUUUAUUACUCAUGAUUUACUAAAUGAUACGCCUAUAACGACCGCAACUUCCAAUGUUGUUGUUGGUACCAUAGAAACAAGAACUAGAGCAGACUCAAAACUUGAACCUGUACUGGGUCCAACUUCAAUAACACCAAAUAAUAACAAUAUCAUGCUAAAUAAUAUAACCGCUGCCACUGCUGAUAAUCAUUCUACCUCUAAAAUUGUUGAUGCAAGUACUAACGGCAAUGGCAUUCUACAUUCUGAUGUGAUUAAUAAAACGAACAAUACUACAACUAGUUCUACCCGUAAUAUUGGGCCUGCGGGUAAGACCACUCUUAUUGCUACUCAGCCUAAAAGUAUUACCAAUAAUACCCAGGAACUAGGCUUUUUAUUAAGUGAAUCAAAUUUUAAUUCCACCAAGAUAAGUAAUUUGAUAAGCGAGAAUAGUGUUAAUAACCCUACGAAUACCAAUGCUGCUAAUAGUAUUAUCACCAGUAAUAACAUCAAUCAUAAUAAGGGUAAUAAUAAUAGUAAUAAUGAUAAUAAUAAUAAUAAUAAUGCUAACAACAACAACAACAACAACAACAACAGCAACAAUAACGGAGAAAUCAGUAGCAGCAGCAGCAAGAACAACAACAACAAUAAUAAUACCAACGACGACAAUACCAAUAUUAAUACCAAUAUUAACACGAAAAUGAAUAAUCACAGCACCAAUAACACUAAUAUUCAUGCGAAUGCCAAUAAUAAUAAUGUUCCUAUCAAAAAUUCUACCAAUGAUGACGACAAUCAUAACACGAACAUUAAUAUUAAUUCCAUAUCCAAAGGUCUUGCUCCUGUUGUUACUAAUAGUGGCAAUCUCACUGAUUUAGGAUCUGUACAUUUACCCUUUAAUAAUGAAGUUAUCAAUACUACUACUACUACUACUACUAAUACUAAUAAUAAUAAUAAUCAUAAUAAUAAUAUACGUGCUAUGCAUGAUAACAGACGCAGUAGUAGAAGUACUGCUAGUAUUAAUAACACUGAUAAUACUACUACUACUCAUAUUAAUAAAAAUACCAACUAUCUCAAUACCAGUAACGGAACACGUUCUAUUAACAAUUUACCCUCUAAAACUGCCAAUAACAUUAUAGGGAACAAUGAAAACGGUAUAAUGGUGAAUAACAAUGGCAUAACCACAAGUGUCCAACUAUAUCAAAGGAUUGAAGAUGUGUCUGUUAGAUUAAUGGCACUAGAAGAAAUAACGAGGAAAUUGUAUUUUAAAGUUGAUGAGCAAAGGCGAGAAAUUUUAGGGUUAAGAGCGGAAAAUAAAGCUUUGAUCACGGAACUGUCUUCCAAUUUAGUGAAUGUAAACAAUAAAUUAGAGUCAUUUAUGAUAGAUUUCAGUAAUAAUAUUAGCGGUACCCAGAAUAACCAUAUAACCAAUGGAAAUAAUAAUAGUUUUGGUCUUACUGGCAACUUGUUUUCUAUUUUGUCGCAUAAUAAUCAGAGUAAUGGUAAUGUAAAUAUAACACCUGGGAGCGCUAGUAAUCCAUUAGAGGAUAAACUAUCCCUUUUAGGUGAUGUGUUGAAAAAUAGGAUGAAUAGUAGUGGUAAUCAUUCUGGAACACCUGCCACUACCUUGUACACAUCUGCACUAUUGAAUAAUUAUAAUACUACACAGAACAAUAAGAGUUACACAGAUGGAAUCAAUGCUACUACCAGUUCAUUAGCAAGUACGAAAAACAGUGGCACUGAGGAUACCAAUAAAAACAGUGCUUCUACUUACAUUACUUCUAAUGGGGGUGUUUUAAAUGAUUUUGAAAAACUAAUAAAUGAGGGAACAGUUAGACCCUUUAAGUUAAACCCAUCUGUUUUAACAAAAAAGAAGAAGGAAAAAGAGCAACUGCGAAAAAUAAGGAAUCGAUUUAAUUCAGAUGCUAGUUUAGAAGAAGAUCUUUCAAGUUUAAAAUAUGAAAAAGGUGAUCGUAACAAUCGCGAUGAGAAUGGAAAUCAUAAGCAUGCGUUGGCUACCUCUUCUAGUUUACCUAAUAUAAACAAUUUUACGUUUAAUUCACUACUACAAUCAAAUCAAAAUGUUUCUACUACUUUAUUAAAUGGUGGUAAUAACACUGUCGGCGAUAAUACCGAGACUGUACAAACACCUAAGCUAUUGAAUUUUUUGAAAUUAAAUGGCAAUGGUGGUUCUACCACUAACCUUGCUACUGCUAGUAAUCAUAUGCUCCAAGGACAUAACAGAUUACACAACAACAACAACAACAAUAAUAAUAAUAACACCGCUGGAUUAUUAAAUACGGCAGUUUUCACAUUGGAUGAUAAUAGCAAUAAUUCUGUGAAUACUGAACCGGUAUCUACGAUUUCCAAUAAUAACAAUAUUAGUAGUACUGCCACUGUUAAUAAUAUGGCGGCUCCAGCUUCUACGGUUAAUAAUCCUAGCGCUAUGAAUCAGCUUAAUUCAGAUAAAAAAGUUUAUGAGGAAAAAAUUGUUCAGCAUUCCGAUUAUAAUAACCAUGAUAACAACAAUACUGAGGAUAUCAACAAUUAUGAGGAAGAUGAUGGUUAUGAAGAAGAAGAUGUUGAUGACGAGGAUGAUGAUGAGAAUGAGGGACUGGCUAAUGUUAAACGGAAAAUAAAUUCUAGUGAUUCUACUAAAUCAUUUACAAAGCAUAGAAGAAAGAAGAGAGUUAAGGAUACCGGCAAUGUUUAUGCUACCAAUGACGGUACCAACAAGAAGACUAAAACUAUGAAAGAUUUUUCAAUAAAAGAUUUACAAAACACGAAGGAAAACCAGCAGUUGCCAAAAGAUAUAGAUUACCUCAUGGUCAAAGCACCAGAAACUGUACGAUUAAUAUGGGAGGAAUAUAUUCAAGGUGUUGAUGGUAAGCCUUCGGUAAUGUAUUUAGAAAAUACGUAUGGGAAUAGAUGGAGGAGAGAAAAAAAUAGUAAGACUUUUAGUAGGAGGAAAAGAUUUUAUAAAUUUAUUAUUAAUGGGAUGAAAGAGGGAAAAACCGCUGACGAAAUGAUUAAUAUUUUAGAAUCAAAAAGAGAGUAUAUAGAUGAUAAAGGGGAUAAAAAAAAGAAAACCAUUGGAUGGCUUCAACAGACAUUGGCGGGGACAUAG